CCUGCCGGUGGCAAAUGGCAAUCGCACGGCAUUGGCGUCUCCAUUUUCCCGGGAAAAAAAUUGAAACCACCGACCCACCACCCCCCAGACCACAGCAUACCCUACCCUGUGCUUCCCUCCCCCCCCGCGCGCCAAAUCCAAAUCAUCCGGCCGGGCCGUUUCCUUUUCUGGUGUCUUCUUCCGUCUUCCCUUCAAUAUAUGUGUUGAAAUCCGGAAUACGAGGGGCUUCCUCCUUUCCUUUUGCCCAUUCCGAUGGCUAGCCAAGGAAGUUAUUCGAGGAGAAGCGCAUCGAUGUCAAACUUGCCAUCUCAAGGAAGCAAGAAAGCUUCUGACAACGGCGGAGUCGGAGCCGGACCUGGACCUGGACCUGGAGGGGCAGGCGAUUCCUCUCGGAAAUCUCUUGCCGUUUCUCGCUCCAUGGGACUGACGGGAGAGCGCACGGUGAAAAGGUUGCGACUGUCAAAAGCCCUUACUGUACCUGAAACUACAAGUAUCCGUGAGGCAUGCCGGCGAAUGGCUGCUCGUAAAGUAGAUGCUUUACUGCUGACCGACUCUAAUGCACUGCUUUGUGGUAUUCUCACCGAUAAGGACAUAGCAAUAAGAGUGAUAGCCCAGGAGCUCAAUCUGGAGGAAACACUAGCUUCUAAGGUCAUGACUCGGAACCCGACAUUUGUACUCUCGGACACUCUCGCCGUAGAAGCCCUUCAGAAGAUGGUACAAGGGAAGUUUAGGCAUUUGCCUGUGGUGGACAAUGGCGAGGUCAUUGCGUUACUUGAUAUAGCAAAGUGCUUGUAUGAUGCUAUUGCCCGAAUGGAAAGGGCAGCAGAGAAGGGUAAAGCUAUUGCUGCAGCUGUUGAGGGUGUUGAAAAGAACUGGGGGACACCUCUCUCUGUUCCAAAUACAUUCAUUGAGACGAUUAGAGAGAGGAUGUUUAGGCCGUCUUUGUCUGCAAUCAUCUCUGAGAAUUCAAAGGUUGUAACUGUUUCACCAACAGAGACGGUUUUAGUGGCAGCAAAAAAGAUGCUUGAAUUUCGUUCAAGCUCGGCUGUUGUGACAGUUGAAAACAGACCCCUGGGAAUAUUGACUUCAAAGGAUCUCUUAAUGCGUGUGGCUGUACAGAAUGUCCCUGUAGAUACAACUCCAGUGGAGAAGGUGAUGACUUUAAAUCCAGCGUGUGCAACUGUGGACACCCCUAUUGUUGAUGCCCUGCAUACUAUGCAUAAUGGCAAAUUUUUGCAUCUUCCUGUUGUAGAUAGAGAUGGAAAUAUAGUUGCUGUUGUGGAUGUUAUCAAUGUCAUUCAUGCUGCUGUGGCCUCGGUUGGGAGUGCUGUUUCCGGAGAAUCUGCGGGCACUACCAUGCAAAAGUUUUGGGAUUCUGCUAUGGCCCUGACUCCAUAUGAUGAUGAAGAAGAGACUAGAAGUGAAGGUUCCUUAAAAUUGGCUUAUGAAGCCGAUAUCGCAAGAUCGCCUUCCUAUCCAUGUUCAAAUCUGCCAACUAUGUUCACUUUCAAAAUUGAAGAUAAGAGCGGUUGGAUGCAUAGAUUCACAUGUGAUACUCGAUCUCUGACAGAACUAAUUGCUUCAAUCAUUCAGCGAGUUGGUGAUGAUCUUGACCGAAACAAUUUUCCGCAGAUCCUGUAUGAGGAUGAAGACCAUGACAAAGUCGUACUUGCAUCAGAUAAUGAUCUUGCAACAGCUGUGGAUCAUGCUAGAACGGUUGGUUGGAAGGGGCUGAGGUUGCAUCUAGAGUAUUCUGGGACGAAAGGCGGCCGAAGAGGUUUCGGGUCCCUAUCUGGGAGAUUUGAUUAUUAUGGUCAGGCAUCAGAUGCCCGGGCUGCUGCAUACAGUGCUGUUGCAGCAGGGGCCGCUCUUGUUGCCGGGUUGGGCAUAUUAACAUACUUGAAGAGAUCCGGAAUGUGAGCAGCCAACUGCACUUCCAGGAAAAUUGGAGCAGAGCAGAUUGGGCGCAUUUGUUUGUAUGAUCCUCAGGAUGUGCUCGAGACAAGAAGAAGCUCUCGUUAUCUGGAUGCGACUCCACACGAUUCUUUUAGCUUUGUACAAUAUAUAACAUAAUAAGGCUGGGGGUGGGGGGGUGGUGCUGCACAUUCCUGCAAUUUUAUUAUUAUUAUUUUUUUUGAAUCAGGCCGAGGAGUUUGCAGCAUCACAAUUCAAUACUGUCUAUAAUAUGUAACCUUGGGCAUUUGAAUGGAGGUCAUGUGUUUCUGCAAGUUUUUUAA